AUGGUAUUAUGGAGAAAGGAUGUAGCUGAAUUCUCGAUGAUUGAACACUCUUCACAAGUGAUUGUUGGAAAUUUAACAAUCCUUAAUAAGGGUUGCUGGAAGGUGGCAUCGGCCUAUGCAAGUCCAAAAGCUAUAAUAAAGAAAGGAUUAUGGGAAUGUUUGGAGAAAAAUUGUUCUGUUGACUGUCAUAUGGUGGUUGGCGGUGACUUUAACUGUGUACUUUCUCAAGAAGAAAAAAGAGGGGGAAAUAAAUUCAUCAUGUCACAAGGUUCUUUGGAUAUGAAGAAAUUCAUGAUUCAUAAUGAUCUACAUGAGGUGAAAUCUAUGGGUCCCAAAUACACUUGGUACAAUAAUAAAUCUGGAGGAGCUCGAAUUUUAGAGAAAUUGGAUAGAUGUCUUAUUAAUUCUACUGCUUUGAAUGCUAUUCAUCUGGCUCAGGUAAAACACCUCUCAAGGAUAGCCUCGGAUCAUUGUCCCAUUCUUUUAGAAAUCCUUAAACCUUUGGAGAUUUAUAGUAGAUGGAUUCGUUAUGAAGAUGUGUGGGAUUCCUACCAUGGGGUUGCUGCUUUGGUGAAGAAAGUAUGGAAUAAGAACUGUGGUAUAGAUCCGGUCACUUCUCUCAACUUGAAAUUUAAAAGAACCCUUAGAGCUCUUUUCUUUUGGAGUAGAGCUAAGUUUAUUAAUCUGAACUUAGUAAGGGAUAAGUUGAAGGAGGAGAUAUUGGAAAUCCAAUUGGAGGAAGCCAAAAGAGGUCUAUCUAUAGAAAAACUGCAAUUGCUUAGACUCAAAGUCAAUGAACUCAAUGUUACAUUGGCUCGACUCAAUUCUUGGUGGAGGAAACGUGCUAAAGCAAAGUAG